GUUAGGACGAAGUACGAUUACCCUAAAUCUACUGUAAACGUACCGAGCAUCCUCCUUACCUUCCAGCUGCCCCUAUAGCCCAUCCAUUAUUACUCUGACCAUAAGAGAGAAAGGGAAGGAAGCGGCGUGAAUACUGAAUCUUAUCUGCACAGCCCAGUUCCCACACAACUCCGAGAUUUUGAUCUGUUGCUGAUUCAUCCAUGGCUCAGUUCCGAGGUCACAAGGCCUCCCAUUCCAGAUCUACUUCUUCUCCUUCUGGACUAGGUUAUGACGUGUUCCUGAGCUUCAGAGGUGAAGACACCCGAAAGAACUUCACUGAUCACCUCCACACGGCCCUUCUCAACUCCCGAUUUCGAACUUUUCGGGAUGACCCUGAACUCAAAAGAGGGGAGAAUAUCAAGGAAGAGCUUGAGAAAGCCAUUCAACAGUCACGAAGUUCUGUGAUUGUGUUUUCGAAAGACUACGCCUCUUCCAAAUGGUGCCUCGACGAGCUUGUCAUGAUCCUUGAACGCAAGAGGACCUCCAAUCAUUUCGUUUUACCAGUCUUCUACGAUGUUGAUCCAUCCCAUCUGAGGAAGCAGACUGUAAGUGUUGCAAAAGCAUUUACUGGACACCAGAAAACUCAAUCGUUGAGUAAAGUGAGAAGAUGGAGGGCAGCACUUAGAGAAGUUGCAGAUCUAGCAGGAAUGAAUUUACAAAAUGAAGCUGACGGGCACGAGUCAAAGUUCAUCCAAAAGAUUGUUACAGUGAUUCAAGAAAAGCUAGGUCCUGUUAUUGUGCCCCUAAGUGAUGUCCAGAAGGAAUUAGAGGAAAAGUUGUUAUCUGUUAACCCUGUUCUUGAUGACGCCGAGGGGAAGCAACUGAAGUUCCAAAUGACUGUGAAGCCAUGGCUCCAUAAGCUUAAAGAGGCUGUCUAUGAGGCUGAGGACCUCUUGCAGGAGAUCAAAACUGAAGCAUUGAGGCAAAAGAUAGAACACAAAUAUAGGAGUAGCACCAGUAAGGUACAAGAGCCCAUCUCUACUCCAUCUCAUGCCUUUGACUCAGCUUUAAUAUGCUCCAGGGUAGAAGAAGUUCUUAAGAGACUAGACAACAUUUCAAAGCAGACAAAAGAUGUCCUGGAUUCAAAAAUAACCGCUGGACACAGAGUAUCACAAACACUAUCGUCAACUUUUUUGGUAGAAAAGUCUGUAUAUGGAAGAGAUGAAGAGAAAGAAAGAUUGAUUAAAUUAUUGCUAUCAGAUGAUGAGACUGGCAAUGAAAUAGGUGUGAUUCCUAUUGUGGGUAUGGGCGGAAUCGGAAAGACCACCCUUGCCCAAUUUGUAUACAACGAUGCUAGAGUGAAGCAACAUUUUGACCUCCAAGCAUGGGUUUGCGUUUCAAAAGAAUUUGAUGUUUUUAGGAUCUUGCAACACAUUUAUGAGUCCCUCACCAAAAAAGCUUGCAAGAUCACGAACCUUGAUCUGCUUCUAUCAAAGUUGCAGGAAAUUUUGACGGGGAAAAGGUUCUUCUUUGUUCUUGAUGACAUCUGGAACAAGAAUUAUAACCAGUUGGAAUUCUUAAGGCGUCCCCUUGAGUCUGGAGCACAUGGAAGCAGGAUCAUUGUCACAACACGUGAUGAAAAUGUUGCACGUAUGAUGGGUAGCCUUAAAGCUCAUCGUCUCAUGCCAAUGUCUGAGGAAGAUAGCUGGUCUUUAUUCAAAAAACAUGCCUUGAAAAAUGCAGGUGUUGGUACACACUCACAUCUUGAAAAAAUUGGUAGACAAAUUGUUCGAAAGUGCAAUGGUCUUCCUUUGGCUGUUAAGUCCCUUGGGGGUCUCUUAUGUUCUAAAUUGUUAGUGGAGGAAUGGGAAAGUAUAUUGAACAGUGACAUGUGGGAGUUUUCACCGGAUGAGAGUGACAUUCUGCCAUCUCUAUGGUUGAGUUAUCUAGAUCUGCCUCUACAUCUCAAGCGUUGUUUUGCCUAUUGUUCACUAUAUCCCAAGAACUAUGAAUUUCAAAAAUCAGAGUUGGUUUACUUGUGGAAGGCUGAAGAUCUAUUGCAACAUAAAAAAAACAAAAUGGUAGAAGAAGUUGGACAAGACUACUUCAAUGAUCUAAUCUCAAGAUCAUUUUUUCAACUUUCAUCAAGUUCCGAUCAAUAUUUCAUGCAUGACCUUAUCCAUGAUUUAGCAAGCUUUGUAUCUGGAGAAUUUUGUUUUAGGUGUGAGGGCAGUGAUUCACCCAACAGUUUGAGCAAGACUCGUUAUUUUUCAGAUUAUCAUGAUGAAGCUGAUAGCAGUACCGUAGAGAUGUUUGAGGCUUUACAGCAAGCUAAAUGUUUACGCACCUUUCUAUCAUUAAAAUCAUGUCGGUGGUGGAUGUUAAAAGCACGAUGUGGUAUAUUGCCAAAAUCAAAAUGUUUAAGAGUGCUCAAGUUAUACGGGUACAAUAUUAAGGAAUUGCCUGAUUCAAUUAACAACUUCAAACAUCUUAGGUACUUGGACUUGUCUUGGACUCCCAUCGAAAAGUUACCUGAUACAAUUUGUACGUUGUAUAACUUGCAAGUAUUGUUGUUGUCAAACUGUGACUACCUUACUGAACUGCCAGCCAACUUGGGAAGAUUGAUCAACUUGAGCCAUCUGGAUACUACAGGUAUAAAGUUAAAAAAGAUGCCACCUGAUAUGGGUAACUUGAAAGACCUCCAGAUGCUACCCGAGUUUGUGCUAGACAAAAAUACUGCAGGGGAUAGUUUGGCAGUGUUAAAGAAGCUUGAAAAAUUGCGUGGAAGACUUCGUAUCUCAGGGCUUGUGCAUAGCAGCGGUUUGGAGGCCUACAUACUGAGGGACAAGAAGUUUCUUAAGGAACUGGUUUUGGAUUGGAGAGGAAGGGAUUCAAGUGAAGAAGGCAAUAAUACUGUAGAACAAAGAGAAGUGCUUGAGAAGCUCCAACCUCACCUGAACCUGGAAAAGCUUAAAAUUGAAGGUUAUGGAGGCAAAAUGUUUCCAGGUUGGUCAGAAUAUUAUUUUUCUUCUGCUCUUGUUUAUCUUAAACUUGUUAAUUGUGAGAAUUGUAUCUCCUUGCCACCAUUGGGACAGCUACCUUCCCUCACAGAGCUUGAUAUUUCUGGGUUACAUGGAGUGGUGUCCAUAGGUUCCGAAUUCUAUUGUAGUGACGGCAAUACUACUACUUGUGUGAAUAAACCAUUUAGAUCUCUACGGGCUUUAAAAUUCUACAAUAUGAGAGGGUGGCAAGAAUGGUCUUAUGUUGGAGGUGAAAAUAAAGAAGGUGGGGUUUUUCCUAAUCUUGUUCAACUUGAAGUAUUAUACUGUCCCAAUCUUACCGGAAGAUUAGCGUCAGACAGUCUCCCAUCUCUUGUGUAUUUGUUGGUAUGGAAUUGCCCAGAAUUCCAAUGUAUUCCGGAAGGUGGAUUCGCAUCAAAGUUAAAAUCACUUGACAUCAGCGGCUGUAAAAAAGUGAAAGCAAAGAGUAAGCAGAAUCUGAACAAGGGUCUCCGGGCACUCACCUCUCUUGAAAGAUUGUCACUUGAUUUUGACUGCGACGAAAAUGUAGAUUGGUUUGCGGAGGAGCAGGAGGAGCUGUUUCCCAGCACUCUUACAUAUCUCCAGAUCUGCCAUCUGAAUUGUGAGACCAUCCACGGCGCCAAGUGGUUUGGCCAUCUCAACUCUCUUCAAACAUUGAUUAUAUUUAAUUGCCUUGCGCUCCGGUGCCUGCCAGAUAGUGGACUGCCCACUUCUCUUUCUCAUCUAAAUAUUCAUGGAUGCCCUUUGCUUGAGAAACGGUGCCAAAGAGAGACGGGUGAAGAUUGGCCCAAGAUUGCUCACAUCAAGCGCAUAGUUAUCAAUUUGGAUAUGAUAUGACAACGACAGAGGGCUUGCAUUCUGAUCAAUUUGGCCAUGUCUCAGAGGGCUUGCAUAUUCUGCGUGUAAGAUCCUAUUGUUUGAACUCAUUGUUGAUUCCACACUUCUAGGGUCUUGCUUGAACUCAUGAUCGAUGGGUUUGAGAAAAUCGGAUUGACAACGACAUGCCAUAUGAAGGAGAAACAGACCAUUUCCCUUUCCAUUUCCUAGCAGAGAUGAUAAUCAAUUUUUGUAUUUAUUUGAUUAAAUUAUCUCUCUACAAUUGGAACGGUGAUGUGGUUUAGCUUUGUUCUUUAAGUUGGUGAUGCAUGUAUAGUAGCAGAAAAGAUAUUAAGAAGCUGCCAAGUCUGCUAAGCUUGAGAAAGUUGCAGAAAGAGUGGUGUGAACUGUGAAGUAACAGCAUCAAGUGUUUUAUGUGUGAGCUUUAUUUCUAAUGAGCUUCGGAUACUGAUGGCUUAAUUUAUCAAAAUCAUACAACU